UUUUUGUGAGCAUCUUCUUAUUUGGAUCGUGCUGAAUCGUUCUAUCAUCUUCUUCAUCCUCAUUUUCAUCGCUCUCAUCGUCUCUAGGUCCUCCUCCGUCUCAUCAUUGUGGAGAAAGUUGAUUGUGUUUAGUGAGAUCGUGAGGUGAGGCUUGAACUCGGGUCUUAGGAGACAAACGAGAAGGAAAAGAUAUGUCUUUUACGGGCACUCAGCAGAAAUGCAAGACUUGUGACAAGACGGUGUACCCUGUGGAGCUUUUAUCAGCAGAUGGAGUUGGAUACCAUAAAUCUUGUUUCAAGUGUACUCACUGCAAAAGCAGGCUGCAGCUGAGCAACUAUUCAUCCAUGGAAGGUGUGUUGUAUUGUAAGCCUCACUUUGAGCAGCUGUUCAAGGAGACGGGCAAUUUUAACAAGAACUUUCAGUCACCUGCAAAGCCAGCUGAGAAGCCAACUCCUGAGCUGACAAGGACGCCUAGCAAAUUUGCCAGCAUGUUCUCCGGGACGCAAGACAAAUGCGCCACUUGCAGUAAAACUGUGUAUCCUCUGGAGAAGGUGACGGUGGAGAGCCAGUCGUACCACAAAUCCUGCUUCAAAUGCUCCCAUGGAGGCUGCCCGAUAUCCCCUUCAAACUAUGCAGCCCUCGAGGGAAUACUGUACUGCAAGCACCAUUUCUCGCAGCUUUUCAAGGAGAAAGGAAGCUACAACCACCUCAUCAAGUCCGCAUCCAUCAAACGCACGGCUGCAGCCGCAGGUGUACCGGCAACAUCGGUACCCGAAUCUUGAAUUCAGAGCCUUGAGCCUUCCCCCAUUUUAUCUAACUGGAAAUAGUUCUACAAACCCAGGUUCGGUUUUUGGUUCUUCCGUGUUUUGUGGGAGAGAGCUUUUUACUUGGAUUUCUUGUUUCCAUUAGAUGAACUAAAGAUCUUGAUGUCUCUUCUCCCUCUGAGUUUGUUGUUGUGUCUGAAUGUUCUGUCAUGGCGAUUUUCAGUUCUGGUUGUCUGUAAAAUCUGAAGACGUUCUUAUGGAUGAACUCGUGUUCUUGUCAGUGUCUGUUGUUAUAGCUUUUGUUUGUGGUUAUUUUCAAUGCA